GCUGGCGUCUGCUAGUGUGCAUCCCUGGUAACUGUGUGUUUGUUUAGUUUUUGUGCGAAUUAUUUUGUUUUUCUGUCCAAUAAUUGGUGUGCAAUAAGUAGUUAAUUGUGUUAAAGAUGAGUGCGAGCGACACAACAAAGCAACUAUCGAUUGUGGAUAUACGAAAUUAUAUGCUGCAAAACGACGGCAAGGUGACAAAUCAUGCUCUCGUCAAGCACUUCAAGAAAUAUCUAACGCACACACAAAAUGAGGCCGAGGCACGAAAACGCUUCAAAACUUAUGUGACGCUGCUCUCCACCAUCAAGAAUGAAAACAAUCAAAAGUAUUUAAUACUGCGCAAAAAGUAUAUCAAUGAGUGCCCGAGCGAAGAGGUUGUGGAACGCGCCGUCGCGGCUGCGGGCACUGCCUCUGCGCCCUCCAGCCCGGGAGCUGCUUCCAUAGUGUCCGUAACCGAUAGCGGCAUGUCGCCAAUGAGGCAGCCGCCGCCCUAUAAAGCGCCGCCCGAGGUGCAGCAGUCGCCAGCACCAGAGCCUGAACCAAGUGCUCCAGUGAUCGCCGGCUUGGCUGUGCAUCAGGAUCAAGUGGAGACCUAUCGCGAGUGCGUUAACGAAUUCACAGCUGCCAUGCAACGCAUUGACCCGGCACGCCUCGUGCGCCAAUCCGACAUCGACAAGAAGAACGAACAAGACGCCGAAACUAAUCCCAACGGUAACGCCGAUGUCAAUGCCGCUGCCACUACUGCUGCCGCUGCCGAUACCAAUGGCAAUAUCAAUGCGGAGACCAAUGCCGAUCCUGAUAUUAAUGGCAAUGCCAAGUCUAUAUCUCGGGUGAAUUCCGUGGACGAGGGCAGCAAUAAGGAAAAUAUACCGCGUUUCUCCUUCUCGUCGGGCACCUCCACUGAUAGCUCCUCCGCAGAGAAGGCAGACACAGCUGAGAAUCCCAUCAGUGUUAAGGAAGCGACACGCAAAUUCAACCGGAUGGCCUCCGAAGAGGAGGCGAAAAUAAUAUCGCCGCCGCCCAAGAAAAAGCCAGAAAAGCAGCUAAUUGAGGAAAAGGACUCACCCGAUGUCACAUUGUCACAUCCGAAAGCCAAGGAAUGGAUUGUCGCCAUGGCCAAAGUCAAUUAUCAGGAGCUCGCUAAGUUAGCUAAUGAUUAUCCAGAGCUCGUCAAAUUGCAGUGUCCAGCUACGGUAAGUUUUCAUCCUGAUUGCUUAAAAUAUUAGCAAAUUGAUCAUUAAAACACUCCC